AUGACUACUAAUAUUUCAUCACGCGGCGAAAGUCUUGCAAAGAAGAAGCCAGUAUUUCUCGAUGUUCUAGCAGAUAUAUGGGACCCGCUGGUCAAUCCUACGGGAGUUGUGAAUCUUGGCCUUGCAGAGAACAUACACAUUGACUCACAUGCAUUGACAUAUGGGGAUGGUUUCUCUGGGAGCCAGAAAUUGAAGAAAGCUAUAUGUCACUUCUUGAAUCGGCAAUUAUCACCUUUUAUUCCUCUUCAUUCUUCACAUGUGACUGUUACAUCCGGAGUGAGCAAUGCACUUGAAUGUACCGCUUGGGCUCUAUUCGACCAGGGUGACCAUGUGUUAGUUAGUCGGCCUUAUUUCAAUGCCUUCCACACAACCUUCAGUACUCGAGCAGGGGUUGGUCUUCUAGAAGUUAAGCUCGGGGAGAUAGACCCAUUUACCCUUGCCGCUGUUGAGAAUUAUGAAGAGGCACUUUUGUCCGCACGGAAGGAGGGCAUGAAUGUGAAAGCACUUCUGUUAUGCUCACCCCAUAAUCCUCUUGGUCGAUGCUACCCUGAACAUGUAUUGCGAGAGUACAUGCGGCUAUGUGGAAAAUAUGAUCUUCAUCUCAUCAGCGACGAGAUCUAUGCCCUCUCCGUAUGGGAGAGCCCUGAUCUUCCAGAGGCAGUGAGCUUCAAGUCUAUUCUAUCCAUUGACACAGCCGGAUUGAUAGAUGGAAGCAUGGUACAUGCAGUAUGGGGUCUUAGCAAGGACUUUGGUGCCACAGGGUUACGAAUUGGAUGCUUGAUUAGCCAGUCUAAUCAUAGGCUAUUGGAAGCUGCAGAUGGGAUCUCGUAUGGACAGCUUUAUUCCUCUGAACACAGCGUUGCCGCCUCCUUACUGGCAGACGACGGAUUCACUACGCAGUAUUUGAGGACGAACCAGCUUCGUCUAGCCGAAAGCUACAAGUUCGUCACAGCAUUCCUUAAGCGUCAUGAAAUUCCGUAUUCCAAAUGCAAUGCUACAUUCUUUCUGUGGAUUCGGCUGGGGGCGGUCGUCAAAGAUCCAAAUACUACUGAUGAUGAAGUUUCAGCAAAGCUACGGAAAUUCAAAGUGUAUAUGGCAGCGGGAUACGCAUAUGCAAGUGAAGAAAGGGGAUGGUUUCGUAUGGUGUUUGCACACCCAAGACCUGUGCUUGAGGAAGGGCUUCAGCGUGUAGCCCAGGCGUUAGAUUUAUAG